AUGUCAUCGCUGUGGAUCAUCAACAAAGCCGGAGGCCUAAUCUAUCAAGCCGAGCAUUUCUCCUACCCUUCCUCCCCCGGUCGUCUUUCCUCCAACGAGUACCUAGUCCUAGCCGGAACACUGCAUGGCAUUCACGCAAUCACAGCCAAACUCAACCCGCUUCCCUCGCGGAAAUGUAGCGGAAUGGAAUCGCUCGAUUCGGAUCACUUUACUAUCCGAGUUAUGGUCACUAGCACUGGAACAAAAUUCGUACUGGUGGCAAACCCAGCACAUCCCAAUCCGACAGGAGUACUUGCCAAGUGUUACGAAGCAUAUGCAGAUCAAGUGAUGAAGAAUCCUUUCUACACACCAGAGAUGCCGGUUAGGAUAGAGAGUUUUGAUAAAACUAUUGAAGCGUUGGUCAAGACAUAA